GUUGUUAAAUGCGACAGUGAAUGAUAAUUUGUCGAGGCUUAAAGUAAGGUAUUUUAUGUCUAAAAGUGUCGCGAGUAAUUACUUUGCCCUAUCAUAAAACAAAACGCUGACACAUUGACGAUAAAUAUCUUUCGCUCGUUUCACCUUCCGUACUCUAAAUUCAAUCGGUCUGACUAUAGUUUAUUGAAUUCAUCUGAUACAUCCAAUAUAGUGAAAAAGCAAAAAGAGUUUACAAAGUGUGAUCCUAAACGUAAAAUAAAAGCAUUAGAAACAAUACAACCACAUGCACAUAUUAAUUGAGAUAUUUGGUUUAUGCAAAUUGUAGGCUAAUACAAUUUACAACACUUUGUCUAAGUUAACGGCUUUGAAGUACUUAUUAUCAACUUGAAGAAUAUAUAAGUACAUGAUGCUGAAUCUUCGAUGUAGAAUAUUUUAUGCACUAUUGCUAUAUAUCAAUACCACAUUCGCAUGGGAUUUUGCUGUCACAACACCAUCAAAAAUAAUUUUUUACGAUGAGCAUUGGAGCGAGGUCACUUCAUCCGCUCAUAAGUUCCAGCAUCUCGGCGCACUUACAUUUGACGAAGCCGAAGAAAAGGUAUAUUUCACCGAUGAACAGCACCACAAUGUCAGUAUUUUCUCUCUAACGAUACCCAAAGACUAUGAAGAUCCGCAUUUAAUAGAGAAAAUGGUGCAGCGCACAAGGAAUGAAGCAGUUCGUUCAAUUGCAUACGAUCCACUCGAUCGUAAACUCUACUGGAGUGAUAUAUUAAAUAAGAAAAUUUUGAUGGUAUCCGUUGAUGCUAAUGAGUCUACUACACCAAAUGUGUUUAUCGAUUUCACACAGGAAGAUACACUGCCCGAUGGCAUAGCUAUAGACUUUUGUCGUCGUUUACUUUACUGGACCAAUUCUAAUUUUUCCAAUUCUAGUAUUGAACGUAUUGGUUUAGAUGGAAAAAAUCGUAAGCUGAUUGCACGUGGAAAUAUGUUUGCGCCACAUGGUAUUAUCGUAGAUCAAUUGACAGAUCGCAUUUAUUAUGUGGUAGCUCAGCAGGGUAUUCAUUUCUCUGUGGAGAGUGCGAAUUUAGAUGGCAGCGACCGGAAAGUUAUAAUGAAAGGACUCAAUAAUGAACCUUUUAGUUUGGCUGUAACAAAGAAUGCGAUCUUCUGGACCGAUCACACAAAUCGUGCCAUCUGGGGUCAUGCGAAAUUUGCCAAUGACACUGAGUCGAUAGAAUUAGGUGCAGGGGAGCAAGAAGAAGACUAUGGUGAUGGUGUUUACGAGCAGAAAGCGGGUGCUCAUAUGGUCUUGCAAUUUGAGGACAAACCACGCGGAAUAGUGGCGCGUGUGCAUUAUCUCACCAAUUCUCUAAAUGAUCAGCACUGCCACGAAGUGCUUUCGAGCAUUAAAAAUCGUGUGCUUACAAAAUCAAAUGAUAGCGUGUUGGAUGUGCAUAUGAAUUUCUUACGUAAGAAUUAUUGCCUAAAUGGCGGCGAGUUCGUUCCUCAAACUACCAGAUGCAUUUGCAAGAUCGGUUUUAAAGGCGCACGUUGUGAGACCAACGAGUGCCUUAACUACUGUAUGCACGGCACAUGCGUUAUUUCUUCAUUGGGCUUACCAACGUGCGAAUGCCCGCAUAGCUUCUAUGGCGGACGUUGUCAGGAGCGCAAGUGUGCCGGUCAUUGUUUGAAUGAUGGACGUUGUGUUAUUGAGGAUUCAGGUGAACCGAGUUGUGAGUGCAAAGACAACUUUGGCGGUGCGCGAUGUGAGCAUAAUUCCACAGAAAUUUGUGCGCUUUAUUGCAAAAUUUUAAAACUGGACGCAGAUGCUUAUGUACCUUUCGGCUGUCAUGACAUUUGCGAAGAACUAGCACAGCAAAGCGAUUAUGGUGCCGAGACAUAUGCCAUUCCGAAAUAUCCCCAUUUGGAGAUGUGUGAACAAGUGGAUCCAUGGAGCAACACCGUAAUAAUUGUGAUCGUUUGCGGAGUUGUUGCGUCCCUGGGAUUGAUGGUUUUAAUGGUGCAUGGGUUACGUCGUUUCUAUAAACCAGCACGCCCACGCAUAAAGAAGACGUUUGUUGUGCGCAAGCAAGCUGCCAGAUCAACAGAUACGCCACUAACUAACCGCCCCGUUGCGACUGAACAAUGUGAAAUUACAAUAGAGAAUUGCUGCAACAUGAAUAUUUGCGACACACCAUGCUUCGAUUCAAAACUACUCGAAAAAACUCUUUCCUGCAACUCCAAAGUCAAGGAGGAUAAGAAAAUGCUAAUAAAUAGCAUGGACGAUGAACUUUACUAAUGAAGCAUUGAAAAGCGUGCAAUCGAAGGAUUCACUUGCGAUGCGGAUACAGUACGCGCAGUCAGGGACUGGCAUACUUCCUCUGCGCGCAACAAAUGGAGAACAUCUACAAGAGGCCUUAUACAACGACAUUAAAAAAAGAUCAUGCAAAUGUAGAAGAAGAGUUUGAAUGACGAGGAGUAGGAGAGAAAUGGAGCAGAGUGUCUGACGCCACGGACAAAAUGUAUUUAGCACAAGUUCCUCGUUCGUAGCAACAGACCACACAAGUUCAACAAAGGACAAGCUUUAAAGUAGUACUACAUACACUCAGAAAAAGUCACAAAUAGUAAAAUUCAUGUACUUAUUAUUAUUUUUUAUUUACGUAUACUGGCACACAUAUGUACAUAUUAUAUUAUUUCCUUCAUUUAUUGACGUACUUCAUUGAAAUUUCUUGUUUGUUUUAAUUAUAGUUCAGAUUAUCAAAUAUGCACUGCUAAAGUACUAAUUCCUUUUAGUUGAAUUUAAAUCUAUGAAUUAUUUAUUACUGAAGUUAUGUACAAUUUUCAUUUGAGGUUCAAAGAAAUUAUUGCUAAAGAGAAAAUAUCAAAUAAGGCUGUAUAAACACGUUGAAAAAGUGUUGUAAACUUAUAUACUUAAUUUAAAUAUACUUAAAUAAAAGAAAUUACAGCCAAGUUAAUUACAGAAAAAAAAAUUGGUUGUAAUAGCGGUUCAUGCAAAUUA